AUGCUUCGCCUCUCCGCCAAUCCCUCCCCCCUCUCCCCGUCAGCCUCCCUCGUCCGCCCGCGCCGCCUGCUCCGCCUCCGCGCCCUCGCGGUCGCCGCCUCAGCCUCAGCAUCGCCCUCCGCCCGCAGCCUCCGCCUCCUCGAAUGGGGCAAGGUCUGCCGUGCCGUCGCCUCGUUUGCCGGCACGGCGCACGGACGAGAAGCCACCGAGAAGCAGCUGUGGGGCGUGGAGGACGUGAGGUACGAGCGUAGUCGGAGGCUGCUUCGGGAGACCGAGGCGGCCGUGCGGCUGCUUGGCACCUCUGGUGGGUCGCUGGAUUUCUCCGGGCUGGAUACCAUCGCGGUAGAGUCUGCAAUAAAUCGUGUCUCGGGUGGUUCGGUGAUCAAAGGCCAGGAAGCGAUGGCAGUGGUUAGCUUGAUGCUGCUUGUUGAGUCCUUGCAAGGAACUAUUAAAGCUGCUAUGAAGCAAGGCGAAGACUCACGUGAUCUAUUAAUGCCCCUUACAGAAACAAGUCCUGAACUAAGACGAUAUCGAGAUCAAGUUCAAGUCCUAGAGAGCAGGUUAUGUCAGCUUAUGGAUAAGUUGAUACGGAAUGCUGACAAUGAAGCUUCUUUAUCGGAAGUAAGCAGUGUAAAUGGAAGAUGCUGCAUUAAAAUGACUGGGAAUAAGUCUUCAAAUUUUGAUGGAUUACUACUCUCCAGUGGUUCAGAUGCUGGAAGUAUGAUAGAACCAAUUGUUGCUAUUCCACUAAAUGAUGAGCUGCAGGGUGCCAGAGCUCUAGUGGCCAGAGCUGAACUUGAUGCUUUAUCGAAACUGACUGACAAGAUUCUUCUCGAGCUUGAUAAUAUUCAGAUUUUGAUGCAGGAAACUAUUACACUCGAUAAGGUCACAGCUCGUGCAAAAUACAGUAUAGCAUAUGAUGGUACACUUCCUGACCUGUAUUUGCCGAACUUUGAGCAUGGGCCUAUCGAUACUGCUAAAGAUGGGCCUGUCAGUACAACUUCCUCAGCUCAACUCCCUAAGAGGUCAUGGAAACUGUUUAUUCCAAAUGCAUACCACCCAUUAUUGCUCCAGCAGCACCAGGAAAAUCUGCGCCGUACCAAAAAGGAUGUUGCAAGUGCCACAUCAGAGAUUCGGAGGCGGAGGAUAUAUGGACAAGAUAUUGCAGAGGAAGAUCAACUAGCAGCAGACCUUGAUUUCAUGAAGAUUAGGGUUUCUGAGCUGGAGAGGAACCAUCCGAUCCCAGUAGAUUUUAUGAUUGCUGAAGAGACUACCGUUUUGGUCAUAACUGGCCCAAAUACAGGGGGAAAAACAAUCAGCUUGAAGACGGUUGGGCUGGCAGCGUUAAUGGCUAAGAUAGGUCUAUACAUUCUAGCUUCUGAACCAGUUAAAAUUCCAUGGUUUGAUGCUGUUUAUGCUGACAUUGGAGAUGAGCAAUCUUUGACCCAAUCACUCUCAACAUUUUCUGGGCAUCUGAAGCAGAUUGGGGCCAUUCGUGCUCAGUCAACUUCACAAUCGUUGGUCCUUUUGGAUGAGGUUGGUGCUGGGACAAAUCCACUUGAAGGGGCUGCUUUGGGGAUGUCUCUCUUGGAGUCUUUUGCUGAAGCUGGUUCCUUUCUAACUCUAGCUACAACUCAUCAUGGAGAACUUAAAACACUAAAAUACAGCAAUGAUUCAUUUGAGAAUGCAUGUGUGGAAUUUGAUGAAGAGAAUCUAAAGCCUACAUUCAGGAUACUUUGGGGAAUACCAGGACGUUCAAAUGCAAUCAACAUUGCUGAAAGACUAGGUUUAUCCUUGGAUAUAGUAGAAAGUGCUCGGCAGUUACUUGGAACAGCUGGUGCAGAGAUAAAUGCGUUGAUUAUGGACAUGGAAAAAUUCAAGCAAGACUACCAUGAACAGCUUCAGCAGGCACAACAUUAUCUUAUGCAGUCCAAGGAGCUUCAUAAUAACUUGGAAGUGGCACAGAAAAACAUUGUAGAUCAUACUACUGCUCAGAGAAAAAGAAAGUCAAGAGUAGUUUCAGAGUAUGCUGUUAUGGCUCGUUCAAUCAUUCACAAGAAGUUUCAGCUGUUCAGAGAAUCUGCAAUAGCUCAAAGAGUGCUAGAAGAAGAGAAGGCUGCGGAGAAGGCCAAACUUGAGAGAGUGAAGGGCCCAGAACCGUCAAGCACUUCUUCCCUUAAAAAGACGCAAAUUACAAAUAGCAGCAUGGCCACUAAAGCUAGUGAUAAUAUAAUAGAUGAAGAUGGUGGGAUUCCAGAAGUUGGAGAUUUAGUUUACGUUCCUAAACUCAAGAAUCAAGCUACUGUAGUCAAAAUAGAUCCGGCCAAGAAUGAAGUCCAAGUCCAAGCUGGCAUGAUGAAGCUAAAACUAAAGUUGAAAGAUGUCAAGAUCCAGAAGCAGAGAACAGCCAGAUAAAAUGGUUGUACUACCUGCAAUUGCAGAGAUAAGUAUGUAAAUGUUGUUCUAUUCAAUAUAUAGCGUUAUCCAUUUUGACUGUAUAAUCAUGCA